AUGGAGCACUCUGCUGACACCUGCCAAGAGCUUCCUGUCCCUCAUUUGCCUCUUUCUCUCCCUCUCUCUGUCCCCUUCCUCUCCUUCCCCAACCCAGACAUAAACGAGCUAAACCUGCCCAAAACUUGUGACAUCAGUUUCUCAGACCCAGAUGACCUCCUCAACUUCAAGCUGGUUAUCUGUCCCGACGAGGGCUUCUACAAGAGUGGAAAGUUUGUGUUCAGUUUUAAGGUGGGCCAAGGUUACCCGCAUGACCCCCCCAAGGUGAAGUGUGAGACUAUGGUUUAUCACCCCAACAUUGACCUUGAGGGCAACGUCUGCCUCAACAUCCUCAGAGAGGACUGGAAGCCAGUCCUUACGAUAAACUCCAUAAUUUAUGGCCUGCAGUAUCUCUUUUUGGAGCCCAACCCCGAGGACCCACUGAACAAGGAGGCUGCCGAGGUCCUGCAGAACAAUCGGCGGCUGUUUGAGCAGAACGUCCAGCGCUCCAUGCGAGGUGGCUACAUCGGCUCCACCUAUUUUGAGCGCUGCCUGAAAUAGGGUCGGCGCAUACCCACCCUGCCAGGGCCACCAGCCUGGGCAUCCCCUGCAAAUAUUUAUUGGGGGACAUGGGAGGUGGGUGGGAAAUGGCCAGUGGAGUAAGCCCUGCCUUGGCCUUGCCUCCCCUCCUUGCCGCCUGCCCCUAGGUUUUUUUUUUUUUUUUUAACCACCACAUGAUUCUGGUCGGCACUUCCUUCCCCGACCAGCUCAGCGAUGGGAAAUGAAUUGGCUUGUCUAGCCCCACGCUGGGUGCUUUCCAGCCCCCCGACUGUGGGCUGUAGGGUGUGACGGCCAGGGACCUGGGUAACUGGGCCCAAGCAACCCCCCUUUCCACAGCCGGAGGUCAUAGCAGGCUAUUAAAGGGGAAUGUUACUGCA